AUGGCUCCUCAAACAAAAAUAACUUUUCUUAUUAUUGCAAUUUCCUUUUUCCUCACAAUUCCAUCUAAUGCAUUUGAUUAUACAUUAAAAACAUCUCUUUCUCCGUCCUCUCUUCCCACUACUAAAAUUAUUCCUACAAAAACUACUCCUAAACCUCAAAUCUUGGAUGUUAAACAAAAAUUACCUCAAGUUGUACCAAGUGACAAUGUCCCAUCAUUUGUGAAAGCAAGUAUGGUUGGCACAAUGUCCAAGACAAAAGAAUUCAUCCAAAAUGUAAUUGACAAAAAAUUGGCUAUUAGUGCAAAAUUAGACCAUUAUCAUAAGGAUUGUCUUGAGACAUGCAAAGAGGUUUAUGAAGAUGCAAUUGAUGCAAUGAAGAAGGCAACACAAGAUGUCAAACAAGAGAAUUUUUACAAAGCAAAUGUUGAUAUUAGUGCAAUGUAUUCAUUCCUUGAGACUUGUCAUGAUUGUGUUGUUGAGACAAAAGAAAAUGAUGUUGCCUUCCAAAAAUUUGAAAAUUGGGCAAAAGGAAUUGCUAGUGAUUGUCUUGACAAAGUUUCUAAAGAAUACUAUAAAAAUUAA